AUGAGUGAUACCGACGCAGAACCCACUUACUGCUAUCCAUCUCGUUCAGCAAGGACAUCAUUCAAUAUCACCCGCGAGCUGCACGUUGCAUGUCUACUGGAUGACGCUGACAGGGUCACCGAGUUGCUCGCGAUAGGAGCUGAUCGUGAUGCUGUUAGCCACGCCGGGUAUUCUGCCCUUGACGUUGCGGAUCUGCUGAAUCGAGUGAGCAUUGUGAAACGCCUUCUGGCGCAUGUGAAUAUCCAUGAGACCGGGAUGUUGGAGCUCAUGUAUGCCAUUCGUCAGGGUAGAUCCACUGUUGUGCGAGCUUUGCUGGAGAUGGGCCUUAAUGACCAGCUUCAAGACGAAGCGCUAUUUCGUGGUGUUUUCCUCAUGGCGUGCUAUAUCGGAACCACAUUUGUCAUUAAUGCGCUGGUUAAAUAUGGCCCAGGUCUCUACGUCUCCCCUUUCGAAGAUAUGUUUGUGCAUGUUGCCAUGUUUCUAAACAAUAUCGAAGUCGCUGAUACUAUUCGUGAUAUCGCUGACACCGAACGACGCAACAUGUUCAGAGAUGUGGAGGCAUACAUGCUUCCCGAUUCGUACUUUGAUGUGAUCGAGGAUGCCGACGAGAUUUUUUCUGACUUCCUGAAAGACCCCAACUCACCCGACUUUGAUGUAUACGUUGAACAUGAUUAG